UUAUCGCAGCAGAAGAAGAAUCACGGAAGAGGGGAAAGGCUUCCUGACGGCUAACCAGCUAACACCGAUAACUACCUGUCUGCUCACCCGUUUAACCAGGUUCACCGGUUAGAUAGAACCCGGACUGAAGCAUCAAGAUGACAGCGGCACCGUAUAACUACUCCUACAUCUUCAAGUACAUCAUCAUUGGUGACAUGGGAGUAGGGAAGUCUUGUCUGCUGCACCAGUUCACAGAGAAGAAAUUCAUGGCGGACUGCCCUCACACCAUCGGGGUGGAGUUCGGGACCAGGAUCAUGGAGGUCCACGGUCAGAAGGUGAAGCUGCAGAUCUGGGACACGGCCGGUCAGGAGCGCUUCAGGGCCGUGACCAGGUCUUAUUACAGAGGGGCCGCCGGGGCCCUCAUGGUGUAUGACAUCACCAGGAGAAGUACCUAUAACCACCUGAGCAGCUGGUUAACAGAUGCACGAAACCUGACCAACCCAAACACAGUGAUCAUCCUGAUCGGGAACAAAGCCGACCUGGAGGCCCAGAGAGACGUGACCUACGAGGAGGCCAAGCAGUUCGCUGAGGAGAACGGGUUGCUGUUUCUAGAGGCCAGCGCCAAGACAGGGGAGAACGUGGAGGAGGCCUUCCUGGAAGCAGCAAAGAGGAUUUACCAGAACAUCCAAGAUGGCAGCCUGGACCUGAACGCUGCCGAGUCCGGAGUCCAGCACAAGCCGUCUGCGCCGCAGGGCGGCCGCCUGAACACCGACAGCCAGCCGGCCAAAGAAGGCUGCAGCUGCUAACCGCAGACCCAGUACCCAGAGACCCCCCCACGAGUCCUCUAUGCAGAGUGCGUUAGACUGGCUUCAUUUUCCGGUCCGACCAGCUGCUGUUGAAUCCAGACCUCAGUUCAGUACCCAGAACCAGACUCAACCAUCCUACCCAUUAAAUCAGGACACCCUCCAACCAAAUCAACUAUCGAGACCGGUCUCCAAUAAACCGGUCUCUUGGAUCCAAAGCUGGGUCCAGCUCAGUCACUAAGCCCACCACCAGAUAAACCCUUUACCCCCCAAAACUGGAUCGCCUGGCGGACCUUCCAAGUCUGGAGCACUGUUGGCCCGACUCAUGUGAGGCUUGUUCAAAUUUGGGACUAACCCGGUCCCCCUUCUGAAACCCAGGAGAGAAAUACAAAUCUAAACUAGACUUCACCAAAAGGGGUCGCCUUAGUUCGUAGUCUGGAUCAGAGCCCUCUUGUAGUUCUUAGUCUAGAUCAGAGUCCUGGUCCACGUCGAGACUUCACAUCCAUGGACGAUUGACCUAAAGGUCGUCUCUAGGCCUGUCCCUAGACCCCCGCCUCUUCUGAGUCUGGACCCUGUCCACCGAAGUCCAAACACCUUGUCCCAGAAGAGAAGUAAAGACACGAGGCCCCUAUCGACUAGAUCUGAUCCCCUAAGUUCCAACUUUGGACCCCCCAAGACUGGACCCAACUCCAGUGAAGGUCGUCCAACUACCUUGAAUCUGGACUUCACUUCACCUCCAAUGCGGAUCAGCAGGCCAGACCAGAUCCAGUAGCACCUCCAUCUUAACAUGUAGAUAAAAUCUAAUCCGCUUUAGUCCAAACUCUGGAUGUCUGGCCUCAUAGUGGUCCUCGGGUCUUUAAACCCGCGUAACAGGUCCUUUACUCUGAACCUGGAGUGGCCGGAACCGGUUCCUUCUCCUUCUUCGGCUCACUUGAGUCUCUGAACAUCUCUGUGGGGGAACCGGCGGCCCUUCAGAACUUCCGUCCCGUUGCGUUUACAAAGUGGACCAGAAGGCGGGUCGACGUGGAUCGGAGGUGGUCACCUGGAAUGCAGGUUUAAGGGGAACCUCCGGCUGAUCCUUUGAGGGUCUUUCUGAAGCCAAAAUCUCUCUAUGAUCAUGUGAUUGAGCGUUUGGAAGUGGUUCACCAGGCGGGUCGGUUCUGGUCUCGAGGGUUUUGGGUCUUUCCCUAAAUCCCGUUCUCAGUCCGGACCUCUCGGUCUUUGCCGCUCCGGUCUCUUGCUCGUUCCCGUCCUCGUAGAAGUGCUCCGUUGGGUGGAGCACCAGAGCCGCACCCCCAUAAACACCUCGCAGGGUCUUCGUGGGUCCAACGUUCAGGUCUCGAUCCGAAAAACUGACGUAAAAACCAGAAAAUCUCCCCGAAUCCAACGAACAUGAAUUACAAAAUAAAAACAAUUAAAACUCGCUCUGAAACGUUCCUGAAGACACUAAGUCCACCCCCCAACACCCCCCAACAACACCCCCCAACACCCC